AUGUAUGAAGAUGGCACACCAAUAGACAAUAGUUCGCAAGCAUCAUCAUUCUUUCAUAAUAUUGAUUCAUUAUCGACUAAUAGUUGUAAUACUAAACAACAAUCAAUUCUUCGUGUAAUUGAUAAUGCUAAUUUUUACCUAAUGUUGAAUAAAUUGUCAUCAUCACCAACAAUAUCAUCAACAUUGACAGCACGAUCAAUACCAAACAUAAGAAAAAUGAAAAAUCGAUUGAAUGAUUUAUCAAAAUUAGAUAAUGUAUCAAUUCAUGCAUUGGAAAAAUAUUUAGUUAAAGAUAGUGUACACGACAACAAAUUGCAUAAAAGACAAGUUAAAAAUAUUACUCAUUUUUGUCCAAAUGAAAAAUAUGAUAAAACAACAGCUACAAUAUCUGCACAACCAAAUGUAAGGCAUCGAAAACAGCACUGCUCAUGUUUUCCUGCCUAA